CUUACUUACUGUACCAGUGGUGUGCUUUUAAGAAUGCUUACUGUUGACGAUGUCGCUUGUAGUAUAUCGCAUAUUUUUUUGGACGAGAUCCAUGAACGGGAACAGAAUACCGAUUACCUGCUGAUUGCUUUAAAACAAGCGCUUAAAGUUCGCGAUGAUUUGAAGGUGAUACUGAUGUCGGCUACAAUGGAGGGAAACCUGAGAACUUUUAAAGAUUAUUUCAAAGAUUCAGACGUGAAGUUUUUCUUGUCUGAAGUUCUUGCACUCACUGGUUAUCAGCCACCUGUAAGCUUAUUCGGUGGCAUUUUUUCCUCCUCUGGUGAACAGCAAGUGCAGAGUUACGACAGGUUCUAUGUGAUCCAGGGAAAUGCGGAUAGUUCUAAGAUGCGGAACGUUCUCGUCGAUCGUCCUCAAUAUUUUGACCCAAGUUACACCAAUAUUCUGUUUGUUUUUUCUUUAUAUGAGACAUUUUACAGUUUUGUACCUUUAGGAUCAAUAUUGGUUUUUUUGCCGGGGUAUGAAGAUAUAUUGACAGUGAGGGAGAAGGUUCUAAAAGACAUGCAACACGUAUUGUACACCUUGCACUCUCAGAUGAACUGUUCUGACCAGCAAAAAACUACUCGAUUACAGAUUCUCAGCACCAAUAUAGCUGAAGCUAGUUUGACAAUUGAUGAUGUUGUUUUUGUUAUUGAUUCGGGCAAAGUUAAAGAGAAGUCUUAUGAUCACCUUACUCGUAUCAAUCAGUUAAAAGUUGCUUGGAUUGCCAAAUCAAAUGCAGAACAAAGAAGUGGGCGAGCUGGAAGAUGUCAAGCUGGUUAUUGUUUCCGCUUAUAUAGCACUGAGGAUUAUGAAAGAAUGGAACCUACUCAGAUAGCUGAAAUGAAGAGGGCUGCUAUACAUGAUGUCUGCUUGCAUGCUAAAAUGUAUGCGCCACCGAAGAUGCCAGUCAAAGAUUUCCUCGCGCUUGCUCCAGAACCUCCGUCUACAAACGCAGUGGAGUGGAGCUUAGAAUUUCUUGAGCAGCUUGGUGCGCUACAUAAUGAUCGGCAAAACCGUCUCGAGAAGAAGUCCAAUGACCGCUAUAAUAUGUGCGAUAGAUCUAUCAAAAAAGAACCAGAUUUAACUUACUUGGGAAGGCAUAUUGCGCAGCUUCCUUUAGAUCCUCAGCUUGCUCGGUUGCUUUUGUUUGGCACAGCAUUCAAGUGUUUCAAUCCUACUGUUACUUUGGUUGCUACUCUUUCACAUCGUGAACCUUUUGUUCUUCCUCUCGGUGAGGAACGGAAUGCAGCAUUUUGUGCAAGAGAUGAGUUUGGUAGAUGCGAUUAUUCGGACCACUUAAUGUUUUUAAGAGCUUUUUAUGCAUAUCAGCGGAUGUCUGAUCGUCCGUUCUCUUUUUGCAAAGCCCAUUUUUUGUCUCCUAAUACGAUGAAAAUGAUUGCUGGUAUCAGGCGUCAGUUAGUAUACGAAUUACGACGUCUUCGUAUUAUUCCACCUAACUCCAAUGCAUUUGAAGAUCCAGAUCUUAACCGGUAUAGUAGUUGUUGGCCUGUUUUGCAGGCGGUCAUAGUUGCUGGUUGUUAUCCAGGUGUUGGGUUUGUGAGAUCUGGGAAUAAGUUACGAAAGAUAAGGACAAGGUAUUUAAGAUUUCUGAUGUUUCCUCGUCAUUCUCAACCUAAUCAGUCAUUUCUAGUGAUUUUUAACUUUACUUUUCCUUCUAAAUUGAUAGAAGACAGACGAGCGCCAUCGCCUGGGUAUUUUCAUCGUUUAAUCUGA